AAAAAGGGAAAUCAAAACUUAAUGAAGUAAACUAGAGUUUCAAAGUUCUGAUUUGAGAGCAAACAUGGUGAAGAUGGUAGUCGUGCUGAAUCAGCCUCAAAUGUGCUUCAACUUUUGCCAUCCUUUCUUGCACGAAUCCCCAACAAUCUUGACACCUUUCUUGAAAAGAACCUUGAGCUCCUUCGCUCGAUCUUUCACCUACUGCUCGAAUCCGGCCAUGGAGGGAAAGCUUGGGGUGGAAGCAAAAGAAGCUCAGAGUGGAGAAUGGAAAGUGUGAUGAAAGAGUAGAAGAAGAAGAAGCUGCGGGAAAUAUUAUAAAUGCAAAUUAGAAAGUGUGAUACACAGAGUUUCCAACCAAAUCGUGGCAAUAAGUUUCAUUAUAGAUUUGAGGAACAAAAUCAAAAAUAGAAAGGGAGUCCUCCAUUUGAAGCGCUGAACUUGGCCAACACAUCUGCAACCUGUCUGCCUUCUCUAUAAACAUGAGUUAUCUAU